AUGCCGGCGGCGGAGGUACCUGGCGGAGAAACUCCCACGUACUCUCGCCAGAAGACUAGUGUCGAUGGUGGAUUGAGUUUCACCGGUGAUCUGCCAGGCGGGGCGGUCUCAAUAGUGAGUGGAGCCUUCACGGCAUUGCUGAUCUGCUGCCAUGACAUCACUCGCCAGUGGUUUCGCAGCACCUCACGGGACGUUUGUGCGAUCCGUAAUGAAGCUGCUAAACCGACGAUGGCCUUGUGA